AUGCAGCAGGUCUCUAACCAUGGAGCUCCGCCGGAUCUGUCACGGACUCCUGCUUCAUUGACAGAACCUAGCACAGCAGCAUUUGGCAUCUCCACCUCCCUCCGCGAUGUCGAUAGAUCGCUUUCAACCCACGACGCGACUAUUUGUGGUGACCCUGACUCGCGUGGGUUCAUCCAUGGGAUCAAGACCGCCAUAGAGACCAGAUUCGGCCUUCCUAUCCAGAAAAAGUUAGCCCCUAUUCCAUUGCUAGAUGCUCCUUUAUUCGGCGAAAACCUCAACCGCAUGCCACCAGCAAACCAGGGCUCGCUUCACCUCAUAGACAACGCUCUUCCACCACGCAAUCAUGCUGAUCAAUUGGUCGACGUAUACUGGCAAUACCUUGACCCAAUAUUUAGCAUUCUUGACAGAGAUCGCUUCUCGAGAUCCUACCAGCUCCUCUUCAGUGGUGGUGAACUUGACUGUGACGAAAAGAUCUUCAUCAGUACAAUAAAUUUCGUCUUCGCCUGGUCGAUACAGCUCCGCGAAAAGGUUCCGCCAUCUGAGAGGAUAGACGUGAGCCGAACCUUUUUCCAGCGCGGAUGGUCGCUUCUGCGCCCCGAAACUAUCAUAUGGGGCCCAGGUUCCCUCGAACUUGUCCAAUGCCUCCUGCUUCUGGGCACCUACUUAUCGUGUACCAGCAAUCUCCAUAAUGCCUACAUGACUGUAGGCUCGGCCACCCGCAUAGCUCUGAGCAUAGGUCUUAACCUCCCAUCUAAUGAUACGGCUUUGGACAGUUGCCUACGAUGGAAGGUCUGGAGACAAUGUGUAUGGCUGGAAAGGAAAUACGCGUGCGUACUUGGAAGACCAUCUCCGCCCCUGAGUCUUCCAGUCCGCGGAGUCAUUUCAACGUCUCAGGGGAACGAUCAGCUAGAUACCUUGCAGAACACUCACGAGAUCAAAAUGCUAGAGCUCACCGAAAUAUUCACCCACAUCUCCCUUUCACAGACAGCCACCAGCAACACCGUAGCACAAAGAUUGGGGUUGCCACCUCUGCUACGAAACACCGAUUUUUGGACCAUCAUGCAUAUCGACAAGUGUUUGAACAAUCUGGUCAAAGACCUGGUACCACCGCUGCGGUGUGAUGAAGACUGCGAUAUCCAACUUGCCAUCCAAGAAGGCAAACUCGACGCCCAAGGUAUCGCUCUAAAUCUCCGCGUUCUCCAUUUGCGCCUCCACCUGUUUCGGCCAACGUUCUGCCGAUUUUGUCUUCCACAAUAUCAUGCAGGCCAGACUACGACCUCAAAUCACUCUGACCUGGAGGCCCGCAUGACACAAGAUUGUGCCACUCUCUGCGUAGAAGCAUCAAAGAGAAUUGUCGAUCUAGUAUGCGAUUGCUAUAACCCGGAAGCAGAGAUUGGGAUCCUACCUUGGUGGGAUCGGGUGGUUUAUCUCUAUAUAGCGUGCCAACAUCUGCUCGCGGCCAUGCUACGGCCUGACAUCUUCAAAACAGUGGUUCCAGGGCACUGGAGAAAAGCCAUGUCCACGCUACACGCGCACGAACAACUUGGCCCCGCAGUCGCUGCAUGUAUUUCGGGCUUUGAGACUAUGUGGCAACAAAUUACCGAUAUGCAACAUCCUACAGUAGGCAGUGACGCGGGGUUGCCUUCUACUGUGUUUUCGAACACAAAUGCUCAAGAUUUUUUGCAGAGCCUGGGUUUUGAAAGCGACGAGGCAUUCCUCAAUUUUGGGUUGGAGAGCACAGAUUCCGCCAAUUUUGAAUGGAGACCCUGA